GCACCUUGUGAUCCAAUUUCGGUACCGCCAUGUACUCCGUGUCCUCAAGGCCCUCCAGGUCCACCAGGUCCUCCGGGACUGCCUGGAGAUUUUGGCAUCCCAGGUGGUCCAGGUGUAGAUUCAACUUCAGGACCUCAGGGAAUUCCAGGACCAUUAGGGCCUCCUGGAACUUCUGGCCUUGAAGGCCCACAGGGGCCGCAGGGUGAUAUAGGGCUUUCUGCAGUAAAUAAACAACCACUUCCUGGACCUCCAGGGCCAAUAGGUGAUCCUGGAUUACCUGGAGAAGAUGGGCCAUUUGGGUCUGCAGGAGAAGAAGGUGUCGUCGGACCAGAAGGCUCUCCAGGUCCACCAGGUUCACCUGGACCACAAGGUGCAAAUGGACGGCCAGGUUUGCCAGGACAAGCUGGUGUUUCAGGAACUGAUGGUGAGAAGGGAGUUUGUCCAAAGUACUGCGCUAUUGAUGGUGGUGUAUUCUUUGAGGAUGGCAGUCGUCGCUAA